AUGAAAAUAUCCCAACUUUGGUUUCAUCUACUAUGUCUAAUACACCUAGUGUUUGCUGAAAAACUUAUUAAAACUGGUUCCCUUUUAACAUGUAUGCAAAAUUCACAAUUAACUGCAUCUUAUUUUGAUGUUAGAUUUUAUCCUUCAAAUAAUACUGUGGAAUUUGAUAUUAGUGCUGUUACAACUAUUAGUGGUGAUAUUACCGCUCAUGCUCAACUAAUCGUUUAUGGUAUCAAUAUAAUGGAACAAACAAUUGAUUUGUGUGAUAUGGGUUUUAAAGAACUGUGUCCAUUAAGUGCUGGUAGAAUUGUUGUUGAUUCAAAUUAUGUCUUGGAUAAAAAAUAUACCAAAAUGAUUCCUUCAGCUGCUUAUACUGUCCCGGAUUUAGAUGCUUCUGUUAAAGUUGUUGCUUAUUCAACUAAUGAUACAAAUACCCCAUUAGCUUGUGUUGAAGCUCGUUUAACUAAUGGUAAAACUGUUCAAACUAAAUAUGCUUCAUGGCCAAUCGCUGCUAUUUCAGGUUUAGGUUUAAUCACUUCAGGUAUCAUUUCAAUUAUUGGUCAUUCAAAUACUGCGGCUCAUAUUGCUUCAAAUUCAAUUUCUUUAUUCGUUUAUUUCCAAAAUUUAUCAAUUACUUCAAUGAUGGCCGUGGAUAAAGUUCCACCAAUUGCUUCAGCUUGGGCUCAAAAUUUCGUUUGGUCAAUGGGUAUUAUUAAUGCUAAAUUUAUGCAAGAUGCUAUUAAAUGGUAUGUCCAAGCAACUGGUGGUAAAUCAACUGUUGUUGUGGAAAAUAAAGAUGCUUUAUCAAUUUCUGUUCAAAAAAGAGAUGAAAAUUUCUUGGAUGGUUUAAUUAGACGUGCACCUCACAUGGCUAUGAAUUUAAUGAAAAGAGCAAGUGUUAGUGAUACUUUUAAAGAUGAUAGUUUAAAUGAUUCGAAAUUAUAUACAACUGAUGAACAUGAUACUGAUUCAAUUACUUCAAAAAUUUUAGUUUUAAGAGGUAUUCAAAGAGUUUCUUAUUUAGCUAAUAUUGAAAUUUCAAACUAUUUCUUAACUGGUAUUGUUUUUUUCCUUUUUUUUGUCUUUAUUUUAAUGAUUUGUUUAAUGUUUUUCAAAGCAAUUGUGGAAUUAUUAAUUAGAUCAAAUGUUAUAAAACAACAUAAAUUUAAUGAAUUUAGACAAAAUUGGGCAACUAUUAUUAAAGGUACAUUAUUUAGACUGGCUUUAAUUGCAUUACCACAAAUUUCUUUAUUAACUUUAUGGGAAUUUACUGAACGUGAUUCUGCUGCAAUUGUUGUUGUUGCAGUUUUCUUAUUAAUUAUUGUCUUUGGCUUAUUACUUUAUGGAGCUACAAGAGUUAUUAUGAUUGGUAGAGAAAGUUCAAGAUUAUAUAAAACUCCAGCUUAUUUAUUAUUUGGUAAUUUAAAAAUUUUAAAUAGAUUUGGAUUUUUAUAUGUUCAAUUUAGAGCUGAUACUUAUUGGUGGUUAGUUCCUUUAUUAACUUAUACUAUUUUACGUUCAAUUUUCGUUGCUUUAAUUCAAGAUUAUGGUAAGGCUCAAGCCCUAUGUAUUUUCAUUAUUGAAUUGGUUUAUUUUGUUGCAUUAUGUUGGAAAAGACCUUAUAUGGAUAAAAGAACAAAUGUUUUCAAUAUUUUAAUUCAUUUGGUUAAUUUUUUCAAUUCAAUAAUGUUUUUAUUUUUUUCAAAAUUAUUUAAACAACCUGAUGUUGUUUCAUCAAUUUGUGCUGUUGUUUUAUUUGUUGUUAAUGCUGUAUUUGCUUUAUUUUUAUUAAUUUUCACAAUUGUUACAUGUUUACUUUCAUUAUUAUCCAAAAAUCCAGAUACAAGAUAUCAACCAAUGAAAGAUGAUAGAGUUUCAUUUAUUCCAAGAACUGAAGCUAUGGAAAAAUCAAAUAAAAAAGAUACAGAAUUAUUAGCAUUAGGUGAAACUGUUUUAUCAGGUCAACAACCUCAACAAUUAAAUCAAUCUCAACAAUUAGAAUCAGAAUCAGAUUCAGAAAAUUCAUUAAAUCAAGGAACAAAUAAAUUCCCACAAUCAAGAAUUCCUUAUGGUUCAUCAUCAAAUUCUGGAGGAUUUAAUAAUAGAUCAAGAACAGAUUCUUUAACAAGUAGUGCAUAUGUUGAACCAUCAAGUGCAGUUAUGGGUACAGGACCUCAAAAUUCUUCAUCAAAUAAUUUACAAAGACCUGGUAUUUCAUUUGCUGAUACUACAUAUAAAGGAAAUUCAAGAUUUAAUAAUUCAAAUGAAAAUUUAAAUUCAAAUCCUUAUGGAAGUUCAAAUUCAAAUCCUUAUGGAAAUCCAUAUGGUAAUAGACUAUGA